GUCACAUCGAGACCAACAUACCAAGUUUUCUGCAUACAGAACCUGAACCCUCGUCAUCUCUCUGGGAGCCCCGCCCGUCUAAAUAAAAUCCAUGCGAACAACAAUGUCAAAAACUUAUGACAAAGUCCUUACCUUCUGGUUCGGCCAGAAUGGCUCCCGAGAAUAUCUUCAACAAAAGUCAUUUUGGUACGGAAGUCCAUCCGACGAUGCCUACGUUCGCAAGCACCUCGGAUCCGACUACGAAGCUGCCAAAACGGGGGCUCUCGACGCUUGGAAGUUUGACAGCCAGGGUGAGGGUGCACUAGCCCUAAUCCUUCUCCUGGACCAAGUACCCCGGAAUAUCUUCCGCGGCACCCCGCAGGCAUAUGCAACGGACUCCAAGGCAGUCGCUGUAGCGCGAUAUGCCGUGGACAAGGGCUGGGACAAGAACAUGCCUGCGAUCCAGCGACGAUAUAUGUAUUCGCCGUUCAAUCAUUCAGAGAAUCUGGAAGAUCAGGAGAUGUCGUUGAAAUUAUUCACGGAGCUAGGGGAUAGUUAUCAUUUGCAUUGGGCAAGGAACUUCCACGACCAGAUCAAGCGGGAUGGGAGGUUUGUGCAUCGUGAUCGGAUUCUGGGGCGAUAAAUUAUACGGCCUGUGAUAGUAACGUGUAGUAUAAUGUGUAUCGAUAGAGCAAUGUAUCAGUAAAAAUGAAGCGGCUUGUUUAACACCGUCAUCGAAAGGGUCUGCCGUGCCUCCAAACGAUGAGUGCGAGGUGGAGGACAAGGGGAUGUCCUGCUGGCAGUGCACCAAAUCACUGGACUUAGCCAGCAUAGC